GACGACCCAAAGCGAACAGCCCCGAAGCGCGCACAAACAAAGGGGGGGGAGGGCAACAUUUGGGGAUUCCGUGCGUGCAGCAUGGAGGAGAAUGAGCCGCGCCUGGAAGACGAAGGCGGAGAGCAGCCGCCAGAGGAGUCGAGCAGCGGCAGCGACGGAGAGCCCAACCGGCGGCGGGCGAUGCUCCUUCCCCGGGUGCUCCAAGCGCCCGGCAACCACCCGCACCAGCACCCGCCGCACCGGAUCACCAACUUUUUCAUCGACAACAUCCUGCGGCCGGAGUUCGGGAGGAGGAAAGACGACGGUCACGGCGGCGGGGGCGGCAGCGGCGUUAGCCCGGAGCAGCAGCAGCAGCAGCAUCCGCAGCAACAACAGCUCCUCGUCUCCAGGAGCCCCUCAGCCGCACCGGCCUCCGGUUCCCCGGUCGAAGGAGGAGGAGGAGGCGGCGGCUCCAAAGCGCUGGUCCCGGCCAAGAAAGGAGGAGACUCGAGCGAGCAAGACGGAGCCUUGAAAUCUCGAGGCGGCGGCGGCGGCGGCGGCGAUCAUUCCUUGAGCUCGGACUCGGACAGCUCCCAGGCCAGCUCCUUCCCCAGCGGGCAGCCCAUGUUGUGGCCAGCCUGGGUCUACUGCACCCGCUACUCGGACAGGCCUUCGUCAGGCCCCAGGUCCCGCAAGCCAAAGAAGAAGAAUCCCAACAAGGAGGACAAGCGCCCGCGGACCGCCUUCACCGCCGAGCAGCUGCAAAGACUCAAAGCCGAGUUUCAGACGAACAGAUACUUGACGGAGCAAAGGCGGCAGAGCCUGGCGCAAGAACUCAGCCUCAACGAAUCUCAGAUCAAAAUCUGGUUUCAGAACAAACGGGCCAAAAUUAAGAAAGCCACCGGCAACAAGAACUCCCUGGCGGUUCACCUCAUGGCACAAGGACUGUACAACCACUCCACCGCCUCGAAAGACGGCAAGUCAGACAGCGAAUAGAUUGCGGGGGGGGGGGGGG